GGCUGAGGGCAUGUCUUGCAAAUUAGUAAUGAUGAUAGUUUCUUGUGUGGCUGCUUAACUGAUUCCUAGGAAUUUCUGAAAGGAAAGUUCCAUAAAAUGUUUUGAAAAAGGUGGCUGAUUUGGGAGUUAGUAAUUUGUGUGUGCAUAUUCUGAAAUACUUGUGGGAAAAGAAAUCCUAUUUUUAAUCAACCCUAGUAAAUUCUUAAAGCAACUCUUAAAAGGAAAAGCUAUUGUUUAAGAUAAUAUUUAUAAGGCAGUGGUUACAGUUUAUACUGGAGAUUGAUUUUGUGGAUUAAUUUGUUCACUAAAUAUGAAUACUGCCUACGGUGUAUUGUUAGUUGCUACUGAGUCAGCUCCUACUCAUGGUGACCCCAUCUGUAACAGAACGAAACGUUGCCCAGUUCUGUGCCAUCUUCAUGAUUUUGGUAUGCUCAAGUCCAUUGCUCUGGCUGCUGUGUAUUUUAAAUGCCUUCCAUCCGAAGGGGCUUAUCUUCUAUCACUAUACUGGACCAUGUUCUGUUGUGACCCAUAGGGUUUUCGUUGGCUCAUUUUCAGAAGUAGAUCACCAGGCCUUUCUUCCUAGUCUGUCUUAGUUUGUAAGCUUUGCUGAAACCCGUCCACUAUUGGUGACUCUGCUGGUAUUUGAAAUACUGGUGGCAUAGCUUCUAGCAUCAGAGCAACACACAGGCCACUACAGGACAGUGUGACAAGCUGACAGAUGGUGGUAUUGUGUGUUAGACACAUGCUAAGUUCCGGUGCUGUGUGGUGAGUCAGAUCAGAAAGCUGCCUUCAGAAAUAUAACUUGCAGGGCUAAAUUUAUCUCUGCGCCAUCAUUCAGCCUUGAGACCUUUUGUCAGAAUAAAACAAAUAACAGGGAGAGAUUAAAGGAUGAAAAAUUAAGAGGAAGAGAAGUUUGGAGAAUGUAAUUAAAACGUAAGUGUCUUGGAUAGCUUUACAACUUCAGGUGAAACUACUAGUUUGGAUGAGAUGGCAGCUUUAAAAUGAGCUUCUUGUAACUGAGGGGCCAACCCAUCUUUGAGGUGUGUAUUUGCUUAAGAUAAUUCACAGUGAGAAGUGAAAAAAAAUGAGAAAAUAGAGAAGCAAAAAAAAAAAAGUCUGUGAAUUUGUUUUUUUCUGAAAAGGCUCUUAAGUCUUCUUAGAGAGGCCUAUCAAAUUUUAACAAAAGAUCCAGCCGAAUUCUAUUACUCUGAUGAAAAUAAUCGUCCGCAGUCUCACAUAUUAUAUAUUUAUAUGCUUUUUAUACAUUCUUUUUUUUUACCAGAAUGUAAAUCCCUGAGUAUGGAGCUCAUAGCUAUAUUCCCAGUGCCUAGAACAGAGCCUGACACUUAACAGGCCUCAGUAAAUAUCUGUUGAAUGCAUGUUGAAUGUUCCAGUAAAAUUCAGGCCAGUCUUUCCAUAUGGGGAUGGGGAAGCCUUGGCAUUGUCCUUUUCCUAGUAACCUUUGGACCUUUUGUAAUAUUUUAUUUGGCAUUUUAUAUCCUCUGCUUUGUGGGUGGAGGUUUUGUGGUUAUUCUCCUGUUUGGAAAAACAAAUUCAGAGAAGUACCUAGAGCAGUGUGAACACUCAUUUCUUCCUCCAACAUCAACUGGGGUUCCUAAGUGCUUAGAAGAAAUGAAACGGGAAGCCAGGACUAUUAAGAUUGAUAGAAGAUUGACAGGUGCCAACAUAAUUGAUGAACCUCUCCAGCAAGUUAUCCAGUUUUCCUUGAGGGAUUAUGUCCAGUAUUGGUAUUAUACAUUAAGCGAUGAUGAAUCUUUUCUUCUUGAAAUUAGGCAGACUCUUCAAAAUGCACUCAUUCAGUUUGCUACUAGGUCAAAAGAAAUAGACUGGCAACCUUAUUUUACUACACGUAUUGUAGAUGAUUUUGGCACACAUCUACGAGUAUUCAGAAAAGCUCAACAGAAAGUAACAGAGAAAGAUGAUCAAGUAAAAGGUACAGCAGAAGAUCUUGUAGAUACCUUUUUUGAAGUUGAAGUUGAAAUGGAGAAGAAAAUUUGCCGUGAUCUCGUCUGCACGUCUCCCAAAGAUGAAGAAGGAUUCCUCAGGGAUUUGUGUGAGGUCUUAUUAUAUUUAUUGCUACCUCCUGGAGAUUUCCAGAACAAGAUCAUGCGAUACUUUGUCAGGGAAAUCCUUGCACGAGGAAUUCUUCUUCCAUUAAUAAAUCAACUCAGUGAUCCUGAUUAUAUUAAUCAGUAUGUCAUAUGGAUGAUCCGUGAUUCUAACUGCAACUAUGAGGCCUUUAUGAACAUUAUUAAAUUAAGUGACAAUAUUGGAGAACUAGAAGCAGUCAGAGAUAAGGCAUCAGAAGAAUUACAGUAUCUUAGAUCUCUAGAUACAGCUGGAGAUGAUAUCAACACUAUCAAAAAUCAAAUAAAUAGCCUAUUAUUUGUAAAGAAAGUAUGUGACUCAAGAAUACAGCGGUUGCAGUCAGGCAAAGAAAUAAAUACUGUGAAACUGGCAGCAAACUUUGGGAAACUUUGUACAGUCCCCCUGGACAGCAUUCUUGUAGACAAUGUUGCACUACAAUUUUUUAUGGAUUACAUGCAGCAAACUGGAGGUCAAGCACAUCUUUUCUUCUGGAUGACAGUGGAAGGAUACCGGGUUACAGCCCAACAGCAGCUAGAGGUUUUAUUAAGUCGUCAGAAAGAUGGGAGACAUCAAAGCAACCAAACCAAAGGUCUCUUAAGAGCAGCUGCUGUUGGAAUUUAUGAGCAGUAUUUAUCAGAAAAGGCAUCUCCAAGGGUUACUGUUGAUGACUAUUUGGUAGCAAAAUUAGCAGAUACUUUGAAUCAUGAAGAUCCAACCCCUGAAAUCUUUGAUGACAUUCAAAGGAAGGUAUAUGAAUUGAUGCUGCGAGAUGAAAGAUUUUACCCUUCCUUCAGGCAGAAUGCACUUUAUGUGCGCAUGCUAGCUGAGCUGGAUAUGUUAAAAGAUCCUAGUUUCAGAGGAUCAGAUGAUGGUGAUGGAGAAUCUUUUAAUGGGUCUCCUACAGGAAGCAUAAAUUUGUCUUUAGAUGAUCUUUCAAAUGUAUCUUCUGAUGACUCAGUACAACUCCAUGCCUACAUUUCAGAUACUGGCGUUUGUAACGAUCAUGGCAAGACCUAUGCAUUGUACGCCAUCACCGUCCACCGGCGCAAUCUAAACAGUGAGGAGAUGUGGAAAACCUAUCGUCGUUACAGUGACUUCCAUGACUUCCACAUGAGAAUCACUGAACAGUUUGAAAAUCUCUCAAGCAUAUUGAAGCUUCCUGGUAAAAAGACUUUUAAUAAUAUGGAUAGAGAUUUUUUAGAAAAGAGAAAAAAAGACCUAAAUGCAUAUUUGCAGUUAUUAUUAACUCCUGAAAUGAUGAAAGCAUCCCCAGCUUUGGCUCACUAUGUGUAUGAUUUCCUUGAGAACAAAGCCUACAGCAAAGGGAAAGGUGAUUUUGCUCGUAAGAUGGACACUUUUGUUAAUCCACUUCGCAAUUCCAUGAGGAAUGUUUCAAAUGCAGUUAAAUCCCUUCCUGAUAGCUUGGCAGAGGGAAUGACUAAAAUGUCAGACAACAUGGGCAGAAUGUCAGAAAGAUUAGGUCAAGACAUAAAGCAAUCAUUUUUCAAGGUGCCUCCUUUACUUCCGAAGACUGAUUCAGAUCCUGAACAUUGUCGAGUCUCAGCUCAGCUUGAUGAUAAUGUGGAUGACAAUAUUCCACUUAGGGUAAUGCUGCUUCUCAUGGAUGAAGUAUUCGACUUAAAAGAGAGAAAUCAGUGGUUGCGAAGGAAUAUCAAAAACCUACUUCAGCAGCUUAUAAGAGCCACAUAUGGUGACACUAUUAAUAGAAAAAUAGUUGACUAUGUUGAUUGGAUGACCUCACCAGAGCAAGUAGCUGACUCAGUGAAACGUUUCAGAGAUGCACUUUGGCCCAAUGGCAUUUUAGCAGAGACUGUUCCAUGCAGAGAUAAAGCUAUUCGAAUGAGAACAAGAAUUGCUGGAAAAACAAAAUUAUUUGCAAUUAUGCCAGAUGAACUGAAGCACAUUAUUGGGGCUGAGACAACACGGAAAGGUAUACUUCGUGUUUUUGAAAUGUUUCAGCACAACCAGUUAAAUAGGAGAAUGGUUUAUGUUUUCUUGGAAGGCUUUUUGGAAACCUUAUUUCCACAAUAUAAAUUCCGUGACCUUUUCAACAAACUGCAUUCACGGUCAAAGCAGAUGCAGAAAUAUAAACAGAAACUUCAGACUACUCAAGCGCCUUCUUUACAGAAAAGGUGACACUCCAAUCUAUGAAGCUGGCGUUCGUUUUGUCCAGGACUAAUGGUAUGGACAGGUCUUCUGGGGCUUAACUCAUAUACUGUUGUAUCUGCACCAGUCUUUUAGCGUCUCAAAAUAGAUUAUUAAUACAUCCCUAAGACUGUGGUUCUUCUCAUCCUCGUCUGUAAUCCAGCCACUACCAAGAGGUUUCCGUGUCUUAAAUGAUUUGGUGCAUAUUUUUGCAACAUUGAGAGGAUACUGCUCCCAUCUCGAGCAAGAAUGAUGUUUGUUUCUUCCAUUUCAAACUAAUCAGCAUUCUCUCCAGCAAUGACGAAGUGCCAGAGUGUAGAUAUGAGAGCAGAGAAAAGCACAAAACAAUGGUCACAGAUACAUUGAUUUAACGGUGGGAGACUGUGCAAUGUAUGAUUUUGGGGGAUUGAUCUCACAUAAUGAUUUUGUAGGUUUAUGUCAGCAUUUUGAUAUACUGUGGAUGAUAGCCAGGCGAAUGAUCUUUGGAACAUCUGUUUCAGAUUUGGGAAAAGUGACAGAAUGUCCUUAAACUAUGAAGUACCCUUAUACCGAAUUAAAGUUCUAUGAUAUAAAACAAAACCAAUCAAAACCAGAAUUUGAUUGGAUUUGUCAUUCAGUGAUAUAAAACAAAUUUUCAUUGAGUCUUAUGUGCUUUAAGGGCUCUGUUUUGCCCUUAUGGUACUCAAUCAUACGUUUUCUUUCUGCAUUCUGUGUGCAAAAAAGAAGUUUGUGGUGGCUUUAUUUUAGUUCCGAAGUUAUUACAGUUUUCUUUAUCUUUAAUAGAUUACUGAUUAUACAGGGAAGAGUAUAAUUUGUUGAAAGAACUGCCAAAUUCAUUCUGACCUUCUAAAAAAUAUGGAAAUUAUAAAAACAGUACUCCACUGAAGUUACCAUAUGCUAAUUUUAACUUGUGAUCUAGAUAUAUCUUAGGUAAUUAAAAAAAUAGCAAAUCAAAGGAUUAAGUGAACUUAUUAGUCAUAUGAAAUAUACAAAUACCUAAUUCUAUUAAAUUGUACAUAUAUGAAAAUAAUGAAAACAGAAUUAUAAUAUUUUUUAAAAUAUGCUUUUAUUUAUAUUUUGCAUAAUGUAAAAUUCUAAAUAAAGCAAGUUGGCAAAAUUUCUCAGUGUAUCCAUUUAAGUCCCUAAAAUAAUUCUAUGCCAACAACAACAAGGAAAAAUACUUCUCAAAUUUUGGAGCCUCUGCAUUUCCUGUAGUUUGCUCAUUUCCAUUUUGCCCUUCUUAGAAAUCUUCAUAUCCCUUGUAUGCAGGAUUUCUGUAUAGUUUUAAAUACUUCCACUGACUAAGGGUUUGGUUGUGUCAGCUUUUUUGUUGUUGUUGUUGUUUUAAAAAUAUUUAACACUAAAACCUUAAAAUAGUGAAGCUACUUAUCAGACCACUGAGCCAAGAUCCUGGUAUUAAAAGAAGGUCUAGGUGCUUAAGAUAAAGGGAUGGAGUAUUGGUGUCCCAGUUAUUUGGGAGCUUUAAGAUUGGAACAAGAUAUUACCUUCUUGUUUUUGGUUAGAUCCUACUUACAAAGUAAAGCCUAUUAACAGCAUAAAGCCUUCCUAUAAAGCUUUAUAAUAGUAAUCAUAUUUAUUAAUAAUGCUGUUGUGCAUACUUGUAGUAUGCACGUAUUCAACAUGUGUUGCAUGUAUUCAGAAAUACAUACAUGAAAUCCCUUUCAUUGCAGCUUGCAAGUGAGAAAGAUCUUUAGCGGCUCCGGUGGAAGAAGUAUUUCUUCUGCUCAGUGUGUCUCCCCGUCCCACCCCUUCCCCAUGCCUCAGGCUUUAAAAAGUGAGAAUACGUGGAACAUGUCUGUGGAAAGCAUCAGCAUGGCCAUAAGUGCAAUGACUUUCAUAUGUACCCCUACCCAUUUCGAGUAUAUUUUUGACAUGAAUAAAUCUAGGUCUGUACAGAAGAAUUCACAUAGGAGCCUAGUGUGUACAUGUGAAAAACCGUUUCCAUGUAAUGUGAGGAACACUGGCUAUCAACCAGGGAAAGGAAGGUCAUGCAAGAUUCCAAAUUUUCAUAACAGAACCCUGCAAGAUAACCACAAUCAUACCAAAAACUAUUUGAUUAAAUGAGAUUAAAAAAAAUUUUUUUUUUUGUUUAAAAGAGUUUAUAUUUCAAAAGCAGAAAUGUCAAAUGGUAGUCUAUGUAAAUGGCAGUGCAUCUUCUCUGUGCACAUCUAUGUUUCUACAUCAGAGAGAGUCGUGGUUGUGCUAAAGUUAGACAUAUAUUUGAAAAUGACUUGGUUGAGCUGUGUGUAAAAUAUUUAACCCGUAAGUCAAGUACAGUGUACUAUGUUUAAUAAAGUUAUUACAUUUAAUGCAUUUAUUGCAUAUAUGAAUAUAUACAUAAAGAGGCUUUAUGUCUUAUGAUAUUUGAUUUUCGAAUGUGUUUUUAAGUCGGUGGUGCAUUUAGGCAAAAAACUUCAAAAUUAAUCAUUCUUUGGGUUUUCUAAUUUUUCAGGUAGCAUAUAAACUGUUUAAAAACCAUUACUACUAACUUACAGUUCAUUCACCUAAAAAAUUGAUUGUAUAAUUACAUAUAGCACUUAGGUGGGCAUUUCCUACAGUUAGGGUGUUCUGAAUAGUUGCUGAAAACAAUUGUGCCAUUGACCAAUGGAUGCACUUGGUUAGCCUUAAUUUUUUUUAGAAAACUUUCUUGAAUAUUUCAGUUGAGUCAUUUUAAGUUUGUGCUGCUGGUAUUUGGAAAAAAUCCAACAGUUAAGUGCUAUCAUAAAUUGUACCAAUUUUUAAGAAAUUAAGAACAAUAUAAAUUUCACAAUCUAUAAUUUUAAUUUUGUGCAAUAUUUUCAUUUAAUGCAUGUGUAUUUGAGUAAUUGUAAAAUAAAUGAAUUUUUAAUGUUUUGAGAUCUAGUUUAAACUGUCUUCUUAACCCAACAACUUACAUUCCGUUGUUGCUGCAUCCUUUUAUUUAAGGACUUGUUUUAGAAGUCUUUUUGUCACUCCUUGUAUAAAAUUCUUUUGUUAUUAAUAAAUUUUGCUUAUAGGAGCAUGGCUCCUGUAUUACAAGGGAAAAAUAUAAAGAGCACAUUUUAGGAUUAUAAUUGUUAAAAAAAAAAAAUAA